AGAGAGAGAGAGAGAGAGAUAAAUGGAAAGAGAAAAAUAGAGAAAGAGAGAGAGAGACACACAUAUACACAAAUAAGGUAGAGUGAGUCUAGGGAUGGAUAGCGGUAGAAAGAGACGGAGAGAGGGGGUUGAGUGAGCGAGAGAGAAGGGGGAUGAGAGGAAAGUAGUAGUCGGUAGUCAGUCGGCGGGCGAACACCGCGUGCGACGCAUCGUAUUCGCUCUUACAUCGCGUUUUCGCCCUUCGUAGAUCUUUGACAACGUGAUCUUCGCGUUCCGACAGAGUGCAACACGUGUGAUAUUACUUUUUUUUCUUUUUCGAAGUGAGGAAGUGCGAAUACGAAUGACGAUAAUUCGAAGGCACGUUUUAUAUUUGAUUUAUUUUUUUUCUUCUCUUAUCUUUUAUUUCUUUUUCUUUUUUUCUUUUUCUUUUCCAUUUUAUCUCUCUCUUCGUAGAUCGACGUUCGAAUCGAAUUGAAAAGGUGUCCCUUAGUCCUACCUUUCGAACGAGCAAAUUUUUCUUUUUUUUUUAUUUUUCGUAUUUAAAUGAAUUCUAUCGUUUGGAUAUCUUUGUCUCUCUUUCUCUUACCUCGCCUUAAGAAGAGCAUGUAAUAAUAUUGCGUGCCGGAGGAGCAAAGCAAGCAUGCACCGGUCUAAGCGUAAUUCGCGAUAGAACCUCGUUCGUGGCAGCGAUCUGGACCGAUGCACGCCGGAGACAAAAAUAUCUUAGAAAAAUCUCGGCGUUGGGCCAAGUGGCCUCGAGAAGGAGGCAUACUCUUCGCUAUAAGCGAGUCUUUGAUAAGAUUAUUUAGAAGGAGACUUUUGCUAUCUUGGACGAGUAGAAUGUGAAAGGUGAUAGAUAGCAGAGAAAGAAGAAAGUUGUAAAUAGAUAGAGAAAGAUAGAUAUAGAACACACACAGACAAAUACAUUUUAACGAUUUACGAUACUUCGCACGACGUAUUCUUCGAGAAUUCUUUUUAUUAUUAUCUAUUUUAAUUUCGUAUAAAUUUUAAUUGCGUAUAAAUAUUUCAAAAAACGAAUUGUAAUUUGUUUGAAAAAGACAAAGCUACGUCUUCGUUGAAACGACGAAAGACUCGUCGACGAUUCUCGAUAAAGGGGAAGGGUUUGUUCGUUUGUUCGUUCGUUCGUUCGUUCGUUCGUUCGUUCAUUCAAGCUCAAGCAUUUUAUCACCCUAGUGGAUUUAUAGAACGUGAGAAUCAUGGUGAUAGUAAAUCACAGAACGCGGGAGAAAGUUGCUACGAUUUAUGUGGUUAUUGUGCUUUACGAUUUGGUCGUGACGUUCUCACUGAAAAGAAAUCCCAACGUGGAUCGUAAAAAUUGUGUACGUGAUUUCAAAGAUAUCGCUAUCACGUGCGUCGGAUCGUACGCUCAAUACGAGAGAACACAUAGAAUCGAUAAUAUCACGUUCGUUCGAACGUCUAGCAACGUGACGUGUCGAGCUCGAAAAUAUACAUAAAUAGGAUGUGUACCAACAAAUUCAGUGUUCUUUCAAAGUCAGAAAGAACGUAAGAUUCUUAGAAGUAUCUCCUCGAUUGUUGUUGACUAUUAUUACGUUCAAAUACGAUCAAAGAUAUAGAAAAAAGAAAAAAAGAAAGGAACGUACCAAAACAAAACAAACGAAAGAAGAUAUAAACAACAUUCAGUGCCUAUGAGAGUGAGUCAUAAGUUCGAGAGAUAAUAGUGAGAGAAGAAUUUUGGUGUCAGUGUGAAAAUUGAGUUCAGUAAGAAUCCAUCGGUUCGUGUGUGCGGAAUAGUAUGUGUAGUGUUUUCGUCAAUCAUUUCUUUUUCUAUUGCUUUUAAUUAAGUCGUUAUCUUUAACGUGGCUAGGAUCGUGAAUUCCGUCGUCGAUCCGCUCGGCGGAACGGACGCGAAUCGUCGAGCGAUAAAUGAAUGUUGUUACGCCGGCUAGUCGUGAUCGUGACGGUGAAGAAGAAGAAGAAGAAGAAGAAGAAGAAGAAGAAGAAGAAGAAGAAGAAGAAGAAGAAGAAGAAGAAGAAGAAGAAGAAAAAGAAGAAGUAGGAGAAGAAGAAAAAGAAGAAGUAGGAGAAGAAGAAAAAGAAAAAGUCAAGGCACGUUAGCAUCACUCGAUUUAAAUUCAUAAAUGUGCGAGAGGAGGAGCCCACAAUGGUGGCUCGAGUCCCGCAACAAGUUCUACUGCUACUCGUACUCGACCAAAACACGCAGAUGCUGUCGACGCUAUCACAAAUUGCUCGUGACACGACACAGAAAAAGGGAAAGAAAUAUCAAGGGACCGUUUAACCUGAUAUUCCAAUUUAUCUCACGAUUUAUUCUUCAAAUUGGAGGUCGUUUUGCCGGAGCAUCCGCAGAGUCGACGCAGGAAAGAAAAGAUUCCAUUUUUUAUAUUAACGGACGAAGUAGAUCUGCAAGUAGAUCCUCACGUUCCAUCUUACCAUUAUCUUCAUCGAUGUCCUCGUCUUCAAUGUCGAUUUUGUCAUCUUCAGAAAGAACUCUCCAAAGAAUUUUUGAAACGACACCCUGGAGCAACGUCGAUAGCACACAAACAUUCGGAUUGGCUCAUGGAUCCUCGAGGAUGAUGCCAGAGGAAAACUCGGAAAAGACGCAAACGACAAUCCGAAAUUACCUUUCAAACGAGUCGAACUCUUUCUCGUCCUUGAGAAAUCGUCUCGAGUAUCCUGUCAUCGAACCAUCCGAAAAUUUCGACGUUUCUAGAAUAUCGACAAAAGGAACGUCAAAAAUUUCAAGAAACAUACCAAUCUCUUCUACAAUCACAGAGAUAAUCCCAACUACGGAGACUCGAGGAAUAUCAACAGAAAUAUUCUCCAAAACGACAAGCACGUCGAUGUUAUUAUCAUCGUCAAGGGACGACAUAUUUCGACGUCGUCAAAUGAGACACGCCGCAGACAAAUGCGAGAAAUUUCUACUCGGCGACGAAGCUAAGAGAGAAUUUUACAGUCCGAAUUAUCCGAAUCCUUAUCCGAAUCAUACGGAGUGUGUCAGAGUUCUCGAAGCUGACGAGGGUAUGUUGCUGAAGCUGGACUUUCGGGACGAAUUCAAGCUCGAGGAUAGUCCCGAAUGUCGUUUCGAUUCUCUUGAGGUCCGUGACGGCAAGCACGGAUAUUCGAACCUUCUAGGAAAGUUCUGCGGCUCGAAUUUCCCGCCUGAGAUCUCUUCGAAGACAAGAUACCUCUGGCUACGUUUCCACAGCGACGAGAAUAUCGAGGGCAAAGGAUUCAAGGCCGUCUGGAGUAUGAUACCCAGACCAACUUAUCCCGGAGUCCCACCAGAGAUAGAACCAUGCAUAGUUAACGUGACUGGUGACGAAGCUAUUAUCAGCCAUAAUGACGUAGAGGACAAGAAAAAAGUAGCCGAGAAGGAGGGCAUACCUUUGGACUGCAUGUGGGUGAUAAGAGUUAAGGAAGGAUGGAAGAUACAACUGGCAUUCCCGGACUCGAGUCAUUUCAAAUUGCAGAGGCCAAACGAGUGCGAAGCCAAUUUUCUCGACGUUUUCGAAGAGAAAACGGAUCUUCGUUCACGAUUGAAAAAUUUUUGCGGUAGCAUCGCCGAUACGGUCAUAGUGAAAUCGAACUUAGCAUAUGUCCGUUAUUACGCUGAGCCUAAAGCUCUGAAUAGCACCUUUGAAGGCGUGAUGACUGCUAUCAGGGACAAAGAAGCUGGUGAGACAACAUGCAGAAGCGGAGAGUACGACUGCGAGGACGCGACCUGCAUCGCCUCUAGAUUACAGUGCAACGGAAGGAUCAACUGCCGCUUUCGGUGGGACGAAGAUGAGUCGACAUGCGACCAAAAGAAAUCGAGUAUCAUCGACUCUCAGCACAUCGUCAUUAUUCUUGUUGUUUUCUCCCUCAUCGUCUUUGGCAUGAGCUUCGCGUUCUUCUUCAAUUGCGUGCGGAAGCUUAUUCGUGAUCAUCGAAUCAUUCAGGAACACAUAAGACAGUCUAGAGAAAAUCGAUUGGAUGAACUAGGUCGUAAAUCUACACCGAGGCCUCUCUCAACUUCGAGAACGGACAUCAGAGAUCGGAGUAGCGAGUCAUCUAGCUUGGAAGUGGUACCGAGCAAAGAACUUUUACCACCGAGUACAGUGAUAGCAGAAGAGUAUACGGUAGCUUAUAACAACAAAAUCACUUACAACGGACGAGACAUGAACGACAUACAUCAGAGUAACAACGUAAGCAACGCGACUCAAGAACGAUUGCAGGAGUCAAACGACGAGCCAGAAAUGCGAGAUAAUUCGUGUCAGACUAGGGAGAGUCUAUUCGAACCACGAUUAUCGGACACCAUGGUACAACCGGCGUUCACGACUUUUGGAUUUCGGAGUUCGCAAAAUGGGACCAAUUAUCAUCGUCAUCAUCAUCAUCAUCAUCACCAUCACCCGCAAAGUCCGCAAAAGUCACAUCCAAGUCCAUCGCUCUCGCAUCAAAGCUCUCAACAGUCUUCUCAACAGAGCUCGCAUCAGCAGAAUAGUUCUCAGUGUUCAGGUUGUAGUCCAGCAUCUAGAGGACGAGACGGUAGUAUGGGUGUCUGUCCAAAGCACAAUCCAAUUCCAGCACCGCCAGGUUGGUCGACCCACGAGUUGAGUUAUCCUCCUCAACACCAGUCCGGACAAUAUCAAGAAGUUACGGACUAUCCUUCCUAUCAGAGAUUCCAAAGUCCAAAACCUGGCGGAGAAGGUGGUACCUAUCAUCAGUCGCCUAAGUUUAUCAGACAGAAUACUGUAGGUUCCGGUGAAAGAUAUGGUAGUUCGGUCUACGGUUCUGGUCAAAGUUCCACACAGAUUUCUGGUCAUGGUUCUAGCAACACAACGUCGAGUACUCAACACUCGACAUCGUCCAAGUCCCAGCAACAACAGCAACAACAACAGCAACAACAACAACAACAGCAGGUUCCUAGUGAUCCUAGGUAUAAAGCCGAAGCUAUUAUUGAGAUCGAUCAAAGAAGACCAUUCAGCAUAGAAAGCACAAAAUCAGCCCCAGACGUUAUAGCGACGCACUGACGCCGGGGCUAUGGGGAUUGGGAACCUUACAGGAGACGCCAUCCCCGUAAAAACAUAGACGACACUCAACAAAUUCAACAAGAAACACAUAACGAGCGAGUUAAAGUAACUGUGGCUACUCAAAGUUCGUUGGACGAUGACACGUCGACCAACUCUACGAUGGAACAUACAUCGUCCUCCUGAUCCGUGCAUCAAAACGUCGUAGUCGAUCCACCUGACUCUUUUAUCGACGAUAAGAACACCUCGAAUAAAACGUCUCUUAGCAUUUUACCAAUCGAACAAAAAACGUCGCUAUUCAAUGAACUCGCUCUAACUCGAUUAUCUCAGAGAUUGGACGAUUUACCGAUCCUAAAACCACCUGGUAACUUCGGAACGCCUGUCUUCAAAUGCAAAACGCCUUCCUUAUCUUGGCAGCACUGUGGCUGCCCUUCUCAUUCUCAUUUACCACCUCGAAGAUCGACGAUCACCUGGAGUGCCUUGAAACGUUGCGGACAGGACGCCUUCUAUCGCACUUGGCCUAAUAGAUCCGCUAAAAGGCUACUGCGACCUCAGAAGAGGACCGUCGGUACUCAGAGUUCCUUCGACGGCGUUAGGUCAUCGCUUGGGACACUUCGUUGCGUGUCCAGAUCGAUCGAUAUGACGGCGACUACGAUGGAUCAGGAGAUCGGGGUAUCUAUACCUUUCUAACGAUGGAUUUACGUGUUCUACUCUUCCUCCUAUCGAUUAUUUCUUAAUUUUACUUUUUUUUUCUUUUCUUUUUAACUAAUCUUUAUUUCUUUCUUCUCUCUCUCUCUCUCUCUCUCUCUCUCUCUCUCCCUCUCUCUCUUUCUUUUUCUUUUUCAUUGAAUCUUAAGAAGUAUGAAAUCAAAAAUUUGUCGCGUCGUGAUUCUCAGGAAGAGUGGACGAACGAUCCAAUCUGAUAAUAAACUCUCGAAGCAUUUUUAAUAACAAUUGUCUAAAAAGGCCGUAAAAGUAACAGAAAAAGAGAAAGAUUCGCUCUUUUAUUCCUACCGCCGAGAAAACAUCUUCGACAUUCACGUGAAAAAUCAAACGAUAUAAAGAUCAUGUCCGUGAGUUCUAAUUGGCAGUAAUUUUCUAACUGUCGUAAUAAUAAAAGAGUAUGUAAUCAUUAAGAAUCACUGCCUUCGAUUCCUAGAAAAAAUAUAAGGACAUCUUUUUCGCGAGCAUUAAUCAAGGAUAAUGAAAAUAGCAGAGGACGGCCUAAAUCGUAUUUGGAAUUCUUUCGUCGCGUAACAUAUCGAGAGUUAUGAGAAUUAUUAAUCGUUUCUCGACGAAUUGUCGAGCACCGUAAUUGCCUAAAGUUCGAAGGGAAAAUUAAUAUUAUAAUAAUAAUUAUAAUAAUUAUAAUAAAUAAUAAUAAAUAAUAAUAAUAAUAAUAAAUAAUAAUAAUAAUAAUAGUAAUAAUAAUAAUAAUAAUAAUAAUAAUAAUAAUAAUAAUAAUAGUAAUAGUAAUAGUAAUAAUAAUAAUAUUAAUAUUAAUAUUAAUAUGAAUAAUAAUGAUAAAUGAAUAAAUAAAAAUAAAUAAUGAAAGAAUAAAAACGAUAAACGAUUAUUAUGUCUAUGUAUGUAAAAGACGCGCACACAAACUUAUACGAUCAAAGUACAUAUGUAUUAUAUUUGCUACGUACUUACUUACGUACAUAUGUAUUAUAUAUAUAUAUAUAUAUAUAUAUAUAUAUGUAUGUAUAUAUGUAUGUAUGUAUGUACGUGAAUGUACGAUUCGUAUAGACAAAUCUGUCUUCUCAGUGUUCGAUCAACGUUCGACGUUGAAAAGGCCUUAACUCGCUCUCCGAGAGAAGAUUCCAUCGCCUCGAGCAAGGAAGCAGAGACGAUUUCCUUCAAAUUGCUUUCCGCCGAGGGUAAGGACUACUCUCAGAAGCGUUUAUCUUUCUUGAAUGAAAAGUUUCUACAUGGGAACCUACGUACAUAGAUACAUAGUAUGCGUUUAACGCGUACAAACUAUUGUACUUUACGAGUGAUAUAAUGAGGAUCGAUCAAAAUAACAAAAUAGAUAAAAAAAGAAAAAAAGAAAGGAAGAAAAAAAAACGAUCAUUUGUCAAUGAUCAAUAACGAUCGAAGAUGAUUCGUGCGUUUAUACCUAACGACUAUACGAUAUUAGACGGAUAUUAUUUUUCCACGUAAUAAAAAUUAUCCAUCGGUUACCGAGUCGGUCUGCGCACACACGGUGAUGAUAAUCAUAGAGAAUACUGCAUUUAUAAUUACGUAUAUAUCCUCUUAUUAAUCUCCUAUUUUUCCUAUCGACCAUUUGCAGUCAGCUUCGUGUAAUAUCAGAAAAUGCAUUUUCGAUGGACGAUAAACGUUAUUAAUGAGGGAUCGUCUAAAUGCGAGUACGUUCGAUCGAUGGAUAAAUUUUGUUGUUGAAAAACGAACAAAUUUUCAUUCGAACGGUAGGAUCAUGUAAAUUUAUGCGAGCACUCACCCGUUGAAGUAAGAAGAGUUUUGGAUUAUUCUCGAGAUCGAUCAAAAUGUUCGCAUAAAUCUCGUCUAUACUUAUUUCUUUUCUUUUUGGUCUUUUUUUUUCAUUUAUUUUUUUCAUCUUAUUUUAUUAUCUUUCUUUUUUUUUGGAACACGUCCGACGAUGUGAUAUGUACGGCUCAUAUGUGUGUGCUCAUACUGUGCUCCUAGCGAUCAAGAGUGUGACUAAAUUAGUCAAUUAACUGUUUAAAAAAAAAAAAUUAAAAAUAAAAAAACAAAAAAAGAAAGAAAAAAGUAUCAAAAGGACACGAAGCUGCGACUUUAACAAAGUUCUAUUAUGAAAAAAGGACUAUGUUGAAAAAUAGAUACAUAGGGGGCAGUGAAGAGGUACCGAUCAAUACUUGAAAUUCCCGUUUGUGUACAGGUUAACGAUUAACAAUUUAGGUCUUUAAUGUACAGAGUGUACACAUUUGUAUAUAAUUUCUCUAUAAACACUUUAAUAAGCUGAUAAGAGUAAUAAAUAUAGUACUUUUAAAGUAAAUACAGUUUU